UCUCCGAUGUGACUCCCUGCACACGAUGCUGGGACACUGAUAUAUUGUCUUAUCGAUGAUUUUCCGCUUCGUUACUUGCCAAUACCGCAGCCGGAGACCAAAAUAAUGCACGGCUUGCGACACCCGCGGGCUGAGCCACGACUGUUUUAUUGUGCGGUUUAUUGUGUACGCCUUAUUUUGUCACAUCGGCUUUGUCGGACUCACGCGGACUCUUCACUCGUUAUUUUAAGUAGAUCAGCCUGAGAUAAAGAGUUGACCUCGUACUGUGAGCCCGCGCUGCAUGUGCUGUUGUAGCGUAUUUCGAAAAGCGCUUCAUCUUUCUAACGUGGCAUGGCUAUGGAUCCGCGUUGUGAUUUCGUUCCUAUCACGAAUGCUGCCGCCGUCUUUGAAACAUUUGGGACUAACUAUGCCGGCUUCUUUCCCUACCAGUACGGUUUGGCUCCAAAUUUCCCUGUUGUGAGCUUUGCCUCUUGGGACGAGCAGGUGCUGGAGAACAGUAAGCAAUCGCCCUGCAAUAGCACGUUAUCACCCCACGCACCAGCAUUUUAUCCAAGAAAUUUUCAGCCAUACGAGGAGCCACAAAGCCCAUCCCUCCCAGAGGCGGAGCUGCAGACAUUCAUCACAGAUGUUACGUUAAACCCUGCCAGCUUUGAAUCCAAGCUCGGCUACCUCAGAAGUACCUUAGAGAAUUAUGUCCGAGAUGCCAGAUCCCUCCACAGUAUUGUCAGCACCAUAUUUGAGCAAGGUAUCUAUCAGUCUAACUUCAGGUACAGUGCAGCACGACUUUGCAAUCACCUUGCAAGUAAAGCCAACUUCAAUGUCAAGAACUGCGACAAGAAUGAGUUUCUCAACAUUCUCCUGCAACGAUGCCACGAGGAAUACCUCAAACGGAAUAACCUAGCCUCUGGGGACGACGGCGAGGCGUACCUGCGUGGUUUCGUCUUAUUCGUCGGUGAACUUUUCUCACAAAUGCAGCUUACUCCUAGCGAGCGUACGGAACAGGCCACAGUGUUAGCACAAUGCAUUCCUAACAUGUUGGAUACUCUUUUGCAAAGCCCUAUUAAAGAAAACAUCAAGUGUGUCGUACAAGUGCUCAAGUUGACCGGUGCAAAGCUGGAAGACCUGGAAAAGGUAUCUGGUGACGGUAGACCAGUUGUGAUGGAAAAGCUCAUCUACAAGUUGAAGGAGAUGGUACAGAGAAGAGAUCUAGAUGAAACAUCCAAACUAAUGCUCAAGAACGUUGUCGGCCUGCGAGAAAGUGACUGGGGACGUGGUGUUCCAUGUGCUGUGGUCUACCCUCCGGUUGCUGACACUAAUACGUUCCAUUCCACACAGCCGCAGGAUCUCCCAGUCAUGUAUGGACCGGAUGGGGAGCCGCUGUCCAGCGAGGAGGCCAACUUCCUUGAGACCGAGUGUCAGAACUCCUUCGACGACCCAAACGAGGGGAGCCCUGAUGAGUACGAAGGGGGAAUGGACGCUGAGGCUGAAGCGGCGUAUGAAGAAUUCCUCCGCGAGUCUGGCCUGUGACUCUGCUGAAAAACAGCAGGAAAAGUUGCUUCCAAACUUUGUCUGUGUGAAUCGACGUCAUCAACUUCAAAAAGUUGUGAACCGAGGUGUGGUGUUUUCCUAUGCGGGGUAGAUACAUUGUAUUACCUUGUAUGUAGGCAGGGACUAUUUUUGUUAUUUAUCUUGUUGUGUUAUGAAGAGACGCAUGUCUCCUGCACACAGUGCUGACUGAAUGGGAUUGCUCGGAAAAUAAAUGCAUUUUUCUACA